AUGGGUCAAGGCUUGAGCGUGGGAAUUGAUGAUUUGGGAAAUCAUUGUCUUUGCAAGGUUGAGAUAAAGCCAUCGCUAUUCUCAAAGAGAAAAGGGUCCAAGAAUUUGGAGGUCCAAUAUGGUAAAAUUGAUAUCUUUUGGGAUUUGAGUUGUGCCAAGUUUGGUUUCGGGCCUGAGCCGCUAGAGGGGUUCUACUUAGCGGUGGUGUUCAACAAGGAGCUGAUGUUGCUGGUUGGGGAUCUAAAAAAGGAGGCAUGCAAGAAGAUGGACAGUGAUUGUGCUUUUUCCCACAAUGGUACCAUUUUCAUCGCAGCGGAGAGCCGCAUGGCCACCAGCAGGCUUGAUUCGGAGGCCGCUAUGGAGAGCAAGAGAUUUUCCAUGGCGGAGUUAUCAUAA